CAAAAUCUACUAGAAGGGGUGAUUGUUUAUACCUGAUGCACUUGUUAAAAUGGCAUAUGUCUUCCACCUUCUGGUUGCUCUCCUAGUUACUCAGUUGACUACAUCCCAAUGGACUGAUGGACCUUAUUACACUUCAAUUACAGAAGGGUAUACAUGCCGAGCAAAAGAGCUUACAUCGUUCACACUGGUAAAGGACUACAUACCUUCAUGGAUGUAUAGUUAUUCAACCGCGAGGCUUUUGAAUCGAAUAACAAACAGAUUUCCCUGUGGGAUCAGACAGUACACAUCGGUAUCAAUUAAAAACACAGAUAUUUCUGAAUAUAUUACACACUCCAAGGAUGAUUUUGUUAACCAGAUAAACUCCGAUUAUUCAUAUUAUUCAUCCUGUUCUUAUUACUUCUAUGGUCCAGAGUAUUACUGCAAUCAAUCCCUAUUGUAUGGGUUGAAGGAAGCAUUGCUCAUUUCACCUCCAGGUUCAUUUGUUCUGGUUUUAACUGAUGGCACUAUUUCUGAUGCAAAUGACACGGCACUAUUAAAUGACAUUUAUAGUCUACUUGAGGAUAAACAGUCACAGGUGUUCUUUAUGGUGUAUUGGUAUUGGACUCCCAAAAAUGUUCAAAACAGUUUGCUUCAAUACAUUGCUUCUCGCAGUUAUGGGCUGGUUUCAAACACUUACAUCUAUGACAUCUGGGGGGCAAUCUAUGGCUUGGAUUUAUUUCUCACCAAACCAUUAAAUGCUUCAGUGCGCAUUCUGAAUCUAAAUGUAAAUGCAUCUGGUGAGAUCAAAGAGACUUUCAAUACAACGGCUCUAACUCAUCUGCUGGUUUAUACUAAUGGGAAUGUCAACAUUACUCUGACUAAUCCUGAUGGGAAUGAUCCAGAUAUUGUACAAAGUCAAUUGUACUCUUCUGGACACGCUUAUCUAGUGAAGCAUUCUGUGUCGGGAGAAUGGACUUUAGAUCUCAGAUGCAAUGGGUCUAUAUCUGUUAUGGUUUUGGGCUUUACUGGUUUGCCACUGACAGGGGAAUGUUCCAACUCUGACUGCCACCCAAAUGCUACAUGUGAGGAGUUUGGUGGCUAUCAGGAAUGUACUUGCAAAAAAGGAUUUAGAGGUGAUGGAAUUCAGUGCUAUGAUAUCAAUGAAUGUGAAGAUUACUGGCUCAAUCGGUGUAAUGGUUAUUGUGAGAAUACAGAAGGUUCUUACAACUGCUCAUGUUAUAGUGGAUUGAAAUAUACUGAAGAAGGCUGUGUUGACAUUGAUGAAUGUUCAAGUAAAGAUCUUAAUAACUGCCACCCUUUGGCUCUUUGCCUCAAUUAUUGGAGUUGGUACAGUUGUAGAUGCCCAUAUGGAUAUUUUGGAGAUGGUUAUUUCUGUGAAGUUAAUGAAUGCCAACAAGGAACACCAUGUGACCCCAACACAGAGUGCAUUAAAUACAAAGGGCAUUACACCUGCUCAGAUCCAUGUUCUAACCAUACAGUACUAGAUGAACCAUGGCGCAGUCUGGAUAAUAAACCUCCAGGCUAUUAUUAUUAUUAUGACUACUACUGGUAUCAUUGUGAUAAUUAUCUUAGUGGUUGGUAUCGCUUUCAAGGAAAAACUGAUCAGAAGAUUCCUGAAUAUUGUAUAGCGGAACAAAGAUGUGGCACAUCUAGUCCAAUAUGGCUGAAUGGCACUCAUCCAAUAGAAGAAGACGGAAUAGUAAAUCGCACAACUUGUUCAAACUGGGGAGAUUGCUGCAACUGGCGCUCUUCUGUUUCAAUUAAAGCCUGUCCAGGUGAUUUUUAUGUGUAUAAACUGACUGGAACCCCAUCAUGCAAUUCAGCCUACUGUGUUGAGCCAAAUCUAAAAAUGCUAAAUUGUUCAUCUCUGUACUGUUCUCACGAUGAAGAAUGCAAGAGAGUGAACGGAGUUUUGGGCUGUUACUGCACACAUUCUGAUGAUAUACAUGGCGACAUACAUGAAGAUUUCCCUCUUCCUAAGUUGACAUGCAGCACAAGCCUAAUGAGACUCUCCUAUAGAAAAUGCCUACUGGAGAAGAUGGGAAUGGAUACAUCGACUGUACAUUUAAAAGAUAAUGGCUGCAAGGCUUAUAUCGAAAGAGAAGAUAUGCAAAUGGUUAAAAUUGACAUGGUGCCACAAAGAGGGUUCUGUGGAGGUCAAAUUAAGGUUAAUGCAACACAUUUUACAUAUAUAAAUACCGUAUAUGUUUCUCCAAAAUCUGAUGAAAUGAUUCAGAGGGGUGAGAUAGCAUUGGAAGUUUUUUGCUCUUAUGAACGGAACAUGCAAGUCAGUCUGUGGACAGCAAUAAAUCCAGUUCUCAGCUCUGUCAAUAUUUCAGUUGGUGGAACUGGAUCCUAUACAGCAAGAAUGUCCCUUUUUCAAAAUUGGGAUUAUUCGAGGCCCUACGAGGGAUCAGAAAUAUGGCUAAGCACAGAAACCGUGUUGUAUGUUGGAGUAAUGGUGGAAGAAACAAAGGAACCUCAGUUUGUCUUACAAAUGAAGGACUGUUAUGCAACACCUACGAGAGACAGUGGGCACCCUGUCAAAUAUUACAUCAUAAAGAACAAUUGCCCUAAUGUUAAUGACCCUACAGUUUUUAUGGAAGAGAAUGGAAAAUCCCUCAGUGGUAGAUUUUCUGUUCAGCUCUUCAAGUUCGUUGGCUACAACACACUCUUUUUACACUGUCAGAUCCGCAUGUGUGAUACAUCAACUGAAAUCUGCAUUCCUGUCUGUAGGAUGAAGUCCUCUUCUAUAGAUAACAAUAAUGACACACAGAGUUUAACACUUGGUCCUAUAUAUAACACAGGGGCAUCAAUGCAACCCGCACCUGCACCCGCAAAGCUUCCUGAAGCCCAUUCUUCAAAUGGAGUUGCAGUUCCAUCACUGACCUCCUUAACAUCAAUUCUCUGUUUACUUUUGCUGUUUGCUUGUUAAUCGCUUACUUGCUUUGAAUGUGAUUUCUCAUGUGAUAUAGCUUUAAAAACAAUGCAUAUAAUGAAAGAUGUCAUUUUAAUACUAGUUAAGAAUAUGGUGGGUUUGGGGGCAAUACAUUCAUAUAAGUGAUUUCAUUUUUUAAGGUUGUGUAACAAUAUUAAAGAAUUUAAACAU